GCUUUGUACUCAACUCUGCUGAUGGCGUCGACGAUUUCCUGCUUGGUCUUGUACGUGUUUAGGUAGAAGUCAUCAGUCACGUCAGUGGCGUAGUGUGCAAGCCCAAACCUCAGGUCGUCCCGGUCGUUGUAGAACAGGUCGAUGAGAUUAGUAAUGAAUGACAUCACUUCAUUGAAGUUCUCUCUUCCCAGGUUGAUGGAGCCGUCCACCAAAAACACAAUGUCAGCCUUUUUGGGUGGUGGCAGUCCAGAUGCUGGGAACAAGAAGAGAAUGAUGAAUAAGAUCGGCCACCACUCAGGACAACGAGGAUUUGAGGCACCCGUUGGAGGAUUCUGCUUCCUGACUCAGAGGUGUCCAGGCUGAAAUGUGUUUGUGCGUUGUUGCUGUAUUGGAUAACAGAGACUUGGUCCUUCUUCCCGUCAACAUUGAAUGUCUCAACUAGUCUUUGGAUAAGACGCUUCAUGGAUGGGAAGGUAUCACUUGUGUCAUCAGACCCAUCAAAGAGAAGUCAUUCAAAGCAGAAGAAACAGGAAGAAUGGGGUAUGAAACGUCAGCAAAGAACGUGCGCACCACUGCACUCAAGAGCCAAAGGUUUCUUUCAAAGAAAAUGAGGUCAUUGUCUCAAGGAAGAGUUGAAUGAAGAGCAUUUUCUGAUGUUAAGGCAAAACUAAAUCACCAACAACUAAGUGAACUACUGGACAAAGGACAAUAGAACCGGAAAGGGAGACCAGCAACCUGGCUAGUUGCCUGCAGCCAUUUGGCAGUCUGGAAACAUGAAACUGAUCUCAGACCUCUUCUGAAGAAGAUGCAGUUUCAUUAUGUUUAGUACCCAAGGAUUGAAACAACUGAACCUCUAAGAAGCCUGCAAGUUUGGCCACAUAUCUUACCCAUAGAAGACGUCUCAACUCUUAUUUCUUUGUCAAUUCGAGCAGCUAUCUCUGGCUGAAUGACGAGAAGGUCACCAAAUACAGGAAUGUUGAAGAUGUGUCCAGGGAGUCAAGUGCCGGAGAAGGAGAGGGGUCAGUUGCUGCUGCGUCUAACUUGUUAACUGGACAUGUGACCGGGGCUUCUGGCUGCUGGUUAGUGUCAGUCCACGUCUCUCCAGACAAAUCGCUCUCCUCCAGCCGAAGAGUUCAACAAGGUUCGUCCAGACUUGCUGCUCGCUUCUCCCGUCUUGUCUUUCAUCGAUCAUGCCUGGAGCCACACCAGGGCCGAAGCUGGAUCUGUCCAAGUUGACGGACGACGAGGCCAAACAUGUGUGGGAGGUGGUUCAGCGAGACUUUGACUUGAGGAAGAAGGAAGAGGACAGACUUGGAGAGCUGAAGACCAGGAUCGAGAAGGAGGACACCAAGAGGGAGCUGCUGGGGAACCAGAGCAGCCUGAGCGAGACGCACUGCAUCCGCUGCCUUCAGCCUUUCAAGUUCCUGCUCAGCAGCAAGCGGCAGUGUCUGGACUGUCAGCUGCUGGUCUGCAAGUCCUGCACUCGCUACAACAAGAAGGAGCAGGGAUGGGUGUGCGACCCCUGCCACAUGGCCAGGGUUCUGAAGAUCGGUACUUUGGAGUGGUACCACGCAAAUGUCCGGUCUCGAUUCAAGCGCUUCGGCAGCGCCAAGGUGAUGCGCUCGCUCUUCAAAAGACUUAGUGGUGGAAGCAGCUGCUCCCAGGAUGACCUUGUCGAACUGCAAGAAUACGACGUGCAGAGCAUCGCUGAGAUUCACAGCGGGUACGAGGAGAGCAGCGUGGAGGUAGCUGAGUCGCCGCGCUGUACAGGGAAGAAAAAAAUCAAAAGGCGUCUCACCGUCGACCCGUUUGACUUUGAUCUGGAUGGUGACUACUCCAUUGGUCCGAGGGCACAUCCCAGUCAGCUGCUCGAGGAGCAACGCAAGAGCCUGAACUUCAGCACAGAUGUGGGAGUUGAACUUGGACUGACUCCACAAGAUGACACCACGUAUUUGGAAAACCGGACGGUCGCGUCUCGGUCCAUCUCGCAGCUCAGCUAUUCGUCGUGUGGCAGUGGAAGUGUCAGCGGACUCAGAGGCGGCUACAGCAGCUUCAUCCCGGGAACCGACGACACUGAGGAGGAUGAGGACGACCUCGGACAGCUGUACCCGAGUUACCAGUCUCACUCUAGUUUCUGGAACCAGGAGAGCCGGACCUCCCCUGUGCAAACAGUGCAGAUCACCGAGUUGGACAGACGCAUGUCGGCUAUUGAGACGUUCCUGAACCGCCUGGAGCAGAAGAUGAACCCCAUCUACGACCAAACGAAGACUCCUCACAGCGAGUCUCCGCUUCCUCAGUGGGAGGAUGUAGACCUGGAGGAGCAGCAGCUCCGGCAGAAGCUUCACCAACUGACCGACAACAUCAGCGACCACAGUCUGUCCUCAGACGAAGACGAGGACGUCUUCAUCAGGUCCGUCUCCUCACAGGACGUCCCCUCGGUGAGGAGCCCGGAGGGGGACGUCCAUUCGGACCGGAUCUUCUCCAGACCUGAAUCAAGAGCCUCCAUCGUGGUGUCCAGACUGGACGACUGUCAGAAGUCGAGCCGUUCGACUGACAGCCUGGAUAAACAUCUCCCCCUGGAGGAAGGAGCCAAGAAUUCCUUCAGAGGCUCUACUGCUCUGCUGGUGCAGCUGGGUGACAAGAUCGCACAGGCGGCUGCGGACGUCCAGAACACGCAGAGUCAGGUUUCUCUGAUUGAAAGCAGGAUCGCUGCUCUGAACGCUGCCGGGAUGCAAGUCGACAGAAUGAGGAGGUCGGCCACGAAGGUCCAGACCAGGAGAGUUUCUCCGAGCUUUCCCACAAGGAACCAGUCGAACACUGACUUCUAUUAUGGGUCGAGGCACGAAGGAGUCCAACCCAACGACUCAGGUCCAAACCUAAUCAGAUUUGAUGGUGGAUGAUCUUGUAAACAACAAUUUAAGGUUGUUUAUGGUCCUGUCCAGGCAGUGUAGUGACACUGGGGCAUUGGAAGUUAACAUCCGUGCGUGUAUUAUAUAGAGUACUUAGAAUGAGUCAGAAUGGAGCUUCUGUUUAUGCUUUCAAUGUAUUAUAUUCCACUAAAUUUAAAAAUGUAAGUGUUUCUUUUUCUUUUCGUUUUAUUUAUUUAUUUCAUUUUUGUAAGAUAUUCAUGUCAAAUAUUUUUGCUCUUUAAAGUUUGCCUUUAAAGUUCGCCUUCAAUGUUGUGUGUACAGGUAUGUAUUGAAAGAGCAUAUCAUUUGUGU